AUGGACCCUUGCGUUUACGAGUCACCGCUAAGUUUUCGAUUAGGUAAGCCGAGCAGAUCUGCCGCGAUAAUAAUGUCAAUUUACCUAACGGCGGGGGCCUGUUUUGGACGUGGUUUGCGACGUCGGAGGCUUUUCCCCGCCCACGCACGACUCGCCGUCGAGAUUCUGCCAUGCUUCUCGCCUUGUGGGUAUUUUCGCUUUCUGGCGUCUUACCCCAACUCAGUACGUUUAUCUCUCCGUAUAUCUCUAUGGGAUUUCAAUCCAGAUAAUUUUCAAAGCGUUUUUUUUCGAUCUUGUCAUGAUCAACUUUUUUCCUGGUUUCUAUUUCCCUAUUUCACUAAAAUGGAGUUCUCUUUUUGAUCUUUCAAACGAAUUUUCGUGAAUACUCAAUUUUUCAAAAUUUUGAGACGUGUCGAAGUUAAAAAAAAAUAUACAUUUCAAGGUAAAGCCCUGAAGAGGUUUCUAAAAUUCUAUGAAGAGUGGGAUUUGACUUUUUGCAUUAUUUUGUUGUUGUUGUUUUUAGAUGGCCAUGAGUACAAUCUUUAUUGCUAAAUCUUUGGUGAUGUGUCCGUUUUCAAAUUGAUAACUGAUAUUUGAUUCAAUUCAAAGAUAUCGACUUUCAAUAUAUACAAUUUGAAAAAACAAAUAUUUUUCCUACAGCGCCUCUUAUCGAUCCGGGUCUAGACGAUGACGAAAAGCCUCUGGAAAAAGAUAUUCUGGUCAUUCCCAAUCGAUUUCCCAAACGACUCAAUUUCUUUUGUGAUCCCAAGUGAGUGUCUGGAGCCUUUCCGGAACAGCCGACGUCUACAGGAACGACCUGAUGCGAGACCGACUCUGCAUGGGCGAAGUCGACGCCUUCGCCAUCGCCUGUGCCGACGACUCGCCUCCGCUUCAGCUCGUGCCGUUUUGCUUGGGUUAUAAGGUAGUUAUGAAGUCUAGUUUUGCAAAGCAGAUCUGGAAUGAUUUUUUGAACUUUCGUUAUAUUGAAUGAGUCUGAGAAUCAUGAAAAAUGUUUUUUUUUCUCGUGAGUAUGCUUCUAUUUGGAGCCUCUUUUUUGCAGAAAUGUACAGCGAAUUCUUCGCUAGCUCUCAAGACUCAAACCCCUUUUUCUAUUUUUCUUUUAUUCAUUUUUUUUUUUGAGGUCAUUCGCAUCGAAUUAUUUAUCAAGCCAGGGGUCAGUUAAUUUCAUGUAGAGUGAUACUAUUGAGCUUUCAAAUUGUCAUAUUCCAACGAAUUUUUUCAGCAUCAAUGCGCCAAAGCAAAUUUUCCGAAUGAUGAGUGGUGCGAGAAGGAGUUCGACCAUUACCGUGGGUUUGUGAUAACCUGUUGAAGAAAAUUUGAUAAAAAAUUGAUAAAAAAUGUUCAAGUCUAUUAAUAGAUUUUCACGUUCUAAAUUAGAGAACUCUAGACUAAAAGCAUGGUGAAUGAAAAACUCCUGAUUAAAAUCGAUGUCCUUUGGAUGAAAACGUUUUUCUUUGUUCUUCCUGGGAAAGUGCGCGAAAGCCAGAGACAAAAAAAAAUGGAAGAUGGCUGAAAGAAACAAAGAAUGAGACGCUAUCAAUUCUCCCUGAGACAAUCAAGUUUCAUCACUUCUUCUCGAGAUUUCCCUUUUUGUUUCACAAGAACCGGAAAGUGGGAUGGAAAUUCCAGGUACUGCACGCGAUUCCCCAAAAAGACUUGCCGUUCGUGUUCCUACGACUUCACCUGCGUCUGCGAGCCGUUCGACUGCUUCUGGAGGAGGUGAAACUAGAAGUUUUUUUGUACGGAUUUUCCAUUCUAGAUAUGGGUUCGAGACUGCGCGUUGGUGCCAGAAGUACGAGUUGGUCUGUGAUGAGAAGAAACGUCGGGAGAAGGGCACUGAGCUGGUCCAGCUCAUGCAGGACUCCAUCCGGGUUCACUACAGGUCAGUUUCCAUCUGCAACUGGGAACUUGGAGAUUCAGAUGCCUGCAUUUGUUCAACGUGCCACAGGUCAUUUGUGAUCCCUUCAGCACACGUUUCGACUGGCCUCGGUGCAUGAAGGUAGUUCAAGUUAUGAAUAAAUCAUUGGAGAGGUCAUUUGUCGGUAUAUCAUAUCUACCGUAUAUGGAUAAAAUCUACAAAACUCUUAAGAAAAAAUUUUACCUCAAUAAAUUGUCGUGGAAGAAUUCUACUCUUGCUUAUCAGGGUUUUUUUGAGAGGUUUUUUUCAUAUACCCCCUUUUUCAAUAACUUACAUUGCAAUAUGAACCUGAAGGCCCAUUAAGUUCUUGUUCGAUUGUGAAUUGGUCUCCGAGUGGAAAGAAGACGAGCCUGAAGAGGUUGUGGAACAAGUCGUCCACAAGCAACUCAUCAACAAAGCCUCCACGCCAGAGGAUCCCAACUUCUUCCAGAGAACCGACCAGAUAUUGGGUAAAAUUCAAGUUUCUUGAGAAUCUCCUCAUCCUGGUGGCUUUCCAGGAAAAGGUGUCACUUUAGACACGCUGAAAGAGGCGAAAAAGAUAGAAGACGCCGAAAAGCAGGUUCAGCAACUUCUCGCAUCGCAGGGAGGUGCUCCAGCCCCUGUUGUCAAACCAAAAGUGCCUUUUAUUAAAUCAUAA